GCCAAGGCCAAGAAGGAACGUGAAGACUUCCAGAAAUCCAUCGGUAUGAUGGUCAAAGACAAUAUGAAGGAGGUGUGUCAGGAGGUGCUAGGCAAGAAGACUAGUGUGGGCCAAGCAUCGACAAGCGGCACCUGCGAAGACCAAAGGAGAAAAGACCAGGAGAACCAUUGGCGAAGGGAGGACGCUGCAGCUAGGGCUCGGCUCGACAAACAGAAGGCUGACGAGAUAGAACGUUUACGACGGGAGAACCAGGAUCUGUUGCGCGUAGCAUCUGGCAAGGCUAGUAGGGAGUUGGAUACUAUCAAGGCAGAUAACCAGGCUUUGGUGCAUGAUAUCGUCACCUUGCGCGACGAAGUGGAAAAUCUCAAGCGAGGCAACAAGCGGGGAGCGGAGGCGCUGACUGAGAAGAGUCCGCCUAUUGAACCAGCACGCGGAAGGUCCCGCCAGGAAGAGAGUUGUCAGACACCGGUUGAGUGGGCUAAGCUCACCGAAGCCUAUCGGCGACUCCGCGACGAGAAGGAUAUGGCCGAAAGAGAAGUGUCGGCCUUGAAGGAGCGUAUUAAUCGCAUCCGGAUUUUGGUACCCUCCAGCUCCAAGAAGAGACCUAUUGUGCGGAGGACGAGCGGUAAAGGGGGAGCCAGCCCCGAACAAAAAGCAGGUGAUCAAGUGAAGGUAACCUUUGUACGAAGGAUUGGCGAAGAAAGAGAUGUGUUCUUCAAGAGGGUAAUUAACGAUCUCGGCAAGCUACGAAAGGCGCAGCUGGAGACACUCUGCAUAGACGAAGAGAUCGAUUAUGGUGGGGUGAAGAAAACUGCGGGCGAUUUGGCCCAGAUUUAUACGAUUCGUGCAUUCGACAGACCAACCAAUCGAAAACUGAUGAGCGAUCAAGAGGAGGACGAGGAACGGAGUGAACCUGAUCAGGAUGAAUCAUCGGCCGACGUGGCGGGCACCUCCACGGACGACCACUUGGUUUCGGAAUCUUCGUAGGAUCGAUACCGAGCGUGGGUCGUAUUUAUUCUUCACUCUCUGAUGUUUGGAACUUGAGAAGAUCGAAGCAGGGUAUAUCUAAUUUUACUUUCACUUCCCUUUUCCGCUGUCUCACUAUUCAGUUGAUUCUCUCUUCUGCCCUCAGCUGGGGACUCAAAUUUCUUCCUCUCAUCUGUGCUCUGGCUCAAUCCGGUUAUGAUUUUGAAAGUUGUCCAGGUCCCGUUGUCUAUAUUCUGAUUUCGCCUUGGUGCAAACACACGUACGUAGGAUGUACUUCUCGAUUGGUCGAUGAGCGUUGGAAAGAGCACGUGUACCGUGCCAGAUAUCAAGGGCAGGACAAUAAUCUACGUAAUUACAAGCUUUAUAGA